GAUGAAAUUGAUUGUAAACAUUUGAGUCAAAAUCAAACUUGGACAACGAAACCAAGUACUCAACGUUAAAUACAAGAUUAACGCGAGCUUAAUUGAAAUUGAAAUUGUGGUUUGGUGAGAAAGUAAAAUUUAUUACGAGGGGAUUAGUUGGAGUUGGAACUUAGAAUUGACACGAUACGUAUGUAUUGUUGUAACGGCUGAUAAUCUAUAUAUUCUAGUUGAUCGAUCAUCCAAUUCCACGCACAGGCAUAUCAAUUUUACGUGCUGUUGCGUUCGUUUUUGUUGGAAGGUCGUCGUCUCAUCUCCACCUUCUUCUUCUUCAAAGAAAAGUUGACAAAAUGGAGAAUGCGAGAAACGGCGUCGUUGCUGCGAAUCAAUAGCCGUAAGCAACGCAAUAUUGAUCGAAUUAAUGAUAUUCGGUGUAAGGUACGUAACGACAGCAACAUCAAUGAAGAGAAAGAAGCAUCACACUGAGAAAUCCAGAAUAAUCGGACUCCUGGUUGUGAGUUUCCUUCGAAGUCGGCUCCUCCACCGCACUCUCAUCAUCGCCAUCUCCGCCUCCCUUCUUCUGCUAUUCGCCCUAUUCUCUCUGUUCGCUCCGUCCCCGGUAAAUGAAAUCAAUCUUCAGACACAGAACAAUGACCAAGUCAGAUCACGGUUCGAGGUUCCGGCCGGUGGAGGAAGAUGCAGGCGUGAUUUAUGGAGUUCAAUGCACUCACGCCUCUUCUAUGGCUGCAGUAAUGCCGGUGUCAAUUUUGCAAAGGCUAACGUCAAAACGAAUCCAGAUCGAUACUUGCUAAUUGCCACCAGUGGAGGUUUAAAUCAACAGAGAACAGGGAUAGUUGAUGCUGUGGUGGCUGCAUAUCUUUUGAAUGCUACCCUUGUUGUUCCAGAGUUGGAUCAUACUUCUUUCUGGAAAGACACCAGCAACUUUUCUGAACUAUUUGAUACAGACUGGUUUAUAACAUUUCUCCGGAAUGACGUGAGAAUUGUAAAAGAGCUUCCGGAUAUGGGAGGGAACUUCGUGGCUCCAUAUACGGUGCGUGUUCCAAGGAAAUGCACCCCCAAGUGCUAUGAGGAUCGUGUUUUACCCGUUCUGGUCAGGAAGCGUGCUGUUCGGUUAACUAAGUUUGACUAUAGACUUGCUAAUAUGUUGGAUGAAGAUCUUCAAAGGCUGAGGUGCAGGGUUAAUUACCAUGCUCUCAGAUUUACGGAUUCCAUUCAGGGGAUGGGUAAAUUGUUGGUUGAGCGGAUGAAAAUGAAAGGCAAGCAUUUCAUUGCUCUACAUUUGAGGUUUGAACCGGAUAUGCUUGCAUUCUCUGGUUGCUAUUAUGGCGGGGGAGAAAAAGAAAAAAAGGAACUUGGUGAAAUUAGGAAACGGUGGAAAAAUUUACAUGCAAGUAAUCCUGAGAAAGUUCGAAGACAUGGAAGAUGCCCACUUACCCCAGAGGAAGUUGGUCUUAUGCUAAGAGCACUAGGUUUUGGAAGUGAAGUUAACUUGUACGUGGCAUCUGGCGAAAUAUAUGGAGGCCAGGAAACAUUAGCUCCCCUCAAGGCUCUUUUCCCAAACUUCCAUUCAAAGGAGACCAUAGCUACGAAGGAGGAGUUGGCGCCAUUUGUGUCAUUUUCUUCUCGCAUGGCUGCACUAGACUUCAUAGUUUGUGAGGAGAGUGAUGUCUUUGUAACAAACAACAACGGUAACAUGGCGAAAAUUUUAGCUGGAAGAAGGAGGUACUUGGGUCAUAAAGCCACCAUCCGGCCAAAUGCAAAGAAGUUGAACAUGUUAUUCAUGAACAGAAAUAAUAGGACGUGGGAGGAAUUUGCCUCUCGAGUACGAACUUUCCAGGUAGGCUUUAUGGGAGAACCGAAUGAGUUGAGACCCGGUAGUGGUGAGUUUACCGAGAACCCAUCAGCUUGCAUAUGUCAAAACUCUGGUGGUGGGGGAAUUUCCUACCCCCAAAAUCACAACAAUAUUACCGAGUUUGAAGAGCAGCAGGAGUGGUAUGAUGUAGUAGAUAAUAAGCUCAAUGCCAAUGGAACUAAAAUUGAUUCACUCCCUCUUCUAAUGAACACGGACCAAUUAGCUGAAGUGCAAGAAUUCUUCUCCGAUUAACUCUGUUAUCUCCCCAGUGAUGGUAUUGAAUUUGUACAUAUAUAUUCAUCUUGUGAAAAAAUGUAGACUGUAAAGUAGCAAUUGUAUAGUGUUUGACGCUUCUAGAAGGAAGACUUGUUAAGGCGUUCUUUUGCUUUGAUCAUAGUGUUAACUGUUAAGGAUAGCAGAAGCGUCUGUGUUCCAUACCAUUUUAGAGAUUUUUAAAGAUUUAGUUGUACAUGUCCAUAAAAUGAAAAUUACAAUUCAAAAACUCUUUUUUG